UCGUAUAUAUGAGCUUAAAGCCCAUACGUGACGUAUGUAAACUAGUAUACGCGACAGAAAAACCCGCGUAUACCCUGUCGUAAUUUUGAAACGAAUGGCCAACCAUAGAAAUUAGUGCAUGAAACGGGAAACUCGGACAAGUAGGCCUUUAGUCAGAGAAGCCAAAUGGAAAGAUUUGGUUUUAAAAAGGGGUCAACGAUUUGAAUAAAAGCCACAGGAAGAUGACUAGUCACCCGUAUGCGAUUCCCUUAGCGGGACGCAUUAGGAAGAAUAGCUGUGCAUAUUUACAGACAUAUGCUGAGAGCUAAAAUGCAAAUAUAAUUUUCCAUGGAUCAGUGCGAUUCAGGUGGCUUGUUUUGACAUCCAAUACAAUGCGAUUCUUGUGCUACACCAGAAUAAAAAUCACUCACACUGAACAGAUAGAAUAGAGAUCAGGAGCAUUAAACUUCUGAAGGCCGUAACUAUGAAGAUCAUCUGUGCAGGACUUCUAAAAACGGGUACUAAAUCAAUCGCCAAAGCCUUGCGGCACCUUGGAUAUACGGUGUUUGACUGGGAAGAGCAAACGUUUGACUUCCUGGAUCACUGGGUUGAUGUUUUUCAAAAUGGCGCCAAACCUGAUGUGAAGAGAGUUUACCAGAAUGCUGAUGCAUGCAUCGAUUUUCCUGGAAACUUCAUCUUCGAGGAAAUACUGGAAACUUUCCCUGACUGCAAAGUAAUUUUGAGCGAGAGAGAGGAAGGUUCGUGGAUAGAAAGUGCGGUGCGUCAGUUGGAUUCAGUGAACGCUCUACGAUCCGAGGUUGUGUCCAUGUUAUCCCCAACAGCGAGGAAAAUGGAGUACGUUUAUGAUCCGUUCCAUAAUGCGGCCAUUGGAUCCUGUGAUACGAAGUCCACCUAUGUUAUAAGAAAGCGAUAUCGUAUCCACAACCACCGUGUAAAGUCCAUUGUUCCCGCUGACAAGCUGUUAGUGUACAACGUGAAACAAGGAUGGAGGCCAUUGUGUGAUUUCUUGGAGUGCAAGGUCCCAACCAUUGCCUUCCCACAUGAAAAUAUCAAAGCUGAAAUUACUAAUAUGGUCAUGAUGACCAGGUAUGGCAAGCAGGUGAAUCGGGAAUUUCGUAAUGGUGUUUUGAAAAUCGGUUUAUUUCUUGUAGUAAUUGUAGGAGUAUUUCUUGCCACCUUUUUUAAUCACUGAGCAUAACCUCAGAAUAGUAACAGUGACAUCUUUGGA